AUGGCGUCGAAAGAUACGCUUCCAGCAACAGAAAACAGAAAUCAUGUCAAAGGCAUUCUGGACAGUCUGCCGUCAGGAACCCAAACACAUCGAUAUCAGGGUAAAAGAAAGCUCUUGGAUGUGGUCAGGCGCCAAGAGGCCCUGUUAGUAAAUGAUAGAGAUGGCACACAAAGCCAGUACUUGAUCGUUUCGCACAUUGAUGAGCACACUCUGCUCUCUGAAAUUCUCUGUGAGAACCAAGAUCACCUGGAACUGGAUAUUAUCAUCCACUAUUUUAAAGAGUUCUCGGUGAUGGAAAACACACUCCUGCUCAAGAUGGGCCUAAGCCCAGUCCACGAAAGCCUCCACCGCAACCUCUACGACAUAGUCAGAGACAAGCUAGAUCCCAUGGGAUUGAAACGAGACGUCCUAUCCACAGGGUCCACCGAGAUCACCCUUCGAUCCCGCCGAAAGCGACCAGAUACUGGUAUGCAGCCGCGCCGUCUGCCAAAAAACAGGAACAAAGGAUGGCCAUCGCUCAUAAUGGAGGUGGGAUAUUCCAGAUCUCGCACGAAGACCGACAAUGACGCCAAGUCCUGGAUCUGCCAGACAGAUGGAAAGAUCAAAAUCGGCCUGGCCAUAACGGCAAACCGGAACGCCCCAGAGUUCACAAUCCGGAAGUGGGUUGGGGAGGAAGGCAGCAAUGGAAUCGAGGCACACCUGGGCCAAGAAGUCAAAAUCUCGAAAAACAAAGGCAGUUCACAGGUUCGGGUGACGGGCGGACCGUUUGUUAUCGAGUUCGAGCGCCUUGUGCUGCGCGCCAAAGACGAGGAAAAGAGCCCCCCAGGAGGUCGAUAUCAAAAUUGA